AAAAUUGAGCGAUUGGAUCAAAUGGUACCAAGAAAGACAUAUAAAAGCUGGAGAGAAGAUGUCGAAAAAGCAGACAAUCCGUUAACACGAGGGGCCACUUUUGUUUCUUGUGUGAUAUGCUUGGAAACAUUACAAGACGAUGAUACGAUUCGCCCGCUGCCAUGUUCGCACGUCUUUCACUCUCUUUGCUUGGCAAAAUGGUACCUAAAGAGGCAUGAUACAUGUCCGAUUUGUAAAGCGUGCUUCAUGACUUUAUCAGAAAAGCAUCCGAGGGUUUUACAGAGACCAGAAAGAACACAUACCAGAUAA